AAAUCUUUUGACGUUGGUAAUUGCAAACAAUGAACACAUAUCCGUCUCUCCGGAUCCGUCCGAAUAUGUUUAUCGUCACUGCGAUUUCCUUUUCGCAGUGAACUGAAUCGAAGAUACACCCCAGCGUGGCUGUGUGGAUCGGAGAGCAGUGGCGGAGACAAUUCCGAAGAAACGGAGCUUCAUCGAUCAUGGCUCCCGUUUCAACUCAUCCGAGCUCAUCUUACAUCGCUGUCCUCUCCCAGAAAAUCGAGAAGAAGCUUCAGCGCGCAUUGAUCUCGCCCUCUCAGACGCGCGAUUUGUUGCAAGAACUGUUUGCGGAUAUAGCUUUGGAAGUAGACGAUCGAGCUAAAGAAAUAAUUUUCAGCAGCGAAGAUGUAAUAUCGGCCACAGAGGAAAGGAUACAGGGUCCAAUAUGCUACUAUGAUGUGCUUGCUGAGCAUUUCAUUAUUGUGCCCCACAAUGGGAGAGUGAUCCUUGAUUCAAUUGAUCAGCUAUGGAGCCAAUCUUUUGCUUCUAAUAUCUUCACACUUUUGUUUCACAAGUGGUUGUUUGAGGUUGAACACGAAAAUUCUAAAGUCCUCCUUCGGUAUUCUUCAGCUCUUAUUCAAGGUGCUAGUAAUGUGUUCUGGAUUGACAUUCAAACAAAUACAAGACGGUUUCAGAGUCUCUUUCGGUAUCUUCUAGAGGAAGUCACCCUCCUUCCUGAUCGGUUAAAGAAGAUACCCUUGGAGGCUCAGCGGAGUUUGUUUCUCCUCCUUUCAAGGUUCCUUCUUUCCUAUGACUCAGUUGAAAAGCUAGAAAGGUUCUUGAAGCAAUUUCCUGACUAUCAGAACGCUUUCUUGAUUGGUGGUCCAGCUGAUAUUUUUGUUACUGAAUUGGCUGAUCAGCUUCAGAAAUUAAAGGUCGAGCCAGUGUUAUUAUAUUACCUCUCCCAGAUGAAGGUUCUUAGCGGGUUACAAUUAAGGAUGACCACAAGCACAAGACUGAAAACUUGUCUGUACAGUUUUACGAGCCCUGGGGCUCCUAUGUAUCCAACACGAGCGGUUCGCCAUGCGGCAUGGGAUGCCCUAAAUCUGCUUUUUCCUGUCGGCAUGUAUCCUCGGCACCUAAUAAGCAUCUUCUUUCGCCUGCUAUACCCCUGGUACUGGCCUGCUUCAUGUUGGAACUUUAUAAAGGCAUGCAUAAUGGCAGCAUUUUACUCCAUUCUAAGAUUGAUUCUCUCCAGUUGGGAAAGAUUGAGAAAACAAAAAGAGAGAUGAUUCCAACAGAAUCUUCUGUUCUAUCCCCCAUUAGAACUCUAUAAAGAUAUACAUUUGUGGCCACUGGUCACAUUAACUGUGUUGUACUAAGAUGGAUGAAAUUGGGCAAAAAUCGUAUGAACGGCUUUUUGCACCGUAUCUCAUCAUAUGUCCCAUAAAAAGACUACUAGUGUAUUUCAAAAAGGGUUUGAGUGCCAUAUAAUUUUGAUAUAUGUACACUUUGUACACUGUCUUUUACACCAAACUUGUACAGACAUGCGUACGCGUGUUUCUUUUGCUGUCGCGGAUGUCAUGUUAUGUCUGUGGGGAUCUCGUGUCUAUGUUUGUGAACAAAAAAUAGCAAAAUUGGUG